UCAGUGUCUCUCUGCCUCUCUAUCUCCCCAGUGUCAUUUUGAAGUCUGAGCGCCAUGUGGCUACUACACCGGCAUCCUUAGGCGGAGAAAGAAGGGAGGAAAAAAAAAAAAAAAACGCACGCACAAGAAAAAAGACUAAACAGCCGCAUGUGCUGAACAUUUGGUACACUGGAUGUGACAUGAAUUAGGAGGAUCCAUACAGACGGAGCGAAAAAGAAACAUCUACGGAGUGAGAUUAAAGCGGAUCGGGGGAAGAAAUUCUCCCAAGCGGACCACAAGGAAUACAUUGUUUGGUGCAAGCACAUUUGUCAUACUGGAAAAGCUAAAAAAAGAAAAGUGUUACUGUGUGAUGCCCACACGCAGAAAUGACCACUGAUCAAGAUUUACCUAUGGAUGGCCAGUCAGCCACAGCAGUGUUUGUUGCAAAGGGCAUUGACGUAACGCCCAGCAAAGACCAAGGAGUCAUCAAGGUUGUGAAGCGUCAAGGGCUAGAUGGAGAACGCCCAAUGAUUGGGGACAGAGUGACGGUCCACUACACUGGGAAACUGCUCACUGGGAAGAAAUUUGACUGUAGUCGAGAACGCAAAGAACCUUUUUGCUUCAAUGUGGGCAAAGGACAAGUCCUUAAGGCCUGGGAUAUCGGCGUGUUGUCCAUGCGACAAGGAGAGGUGUGCACUUUCCUGUGUAAACCCGAGUAUGCUUAUGGAAUCGCUGGAAAUCCCAACAAAAUUCCUUCCAACUCCUUGGUAGUGUUUGAGAUGGAGCUGCUUAAUUUUGAAGGAGAGAUACUUACAGACGACGGUGGCAUCGUGAGAAGAAUAAAGGUCAAAGGAGACGGUUACACCAAUCCCAACGAUGGAGCAUGUGUUGACGUGCAUCUGGAGGGAAGCUGUGACGGCCGAGUGUUCGACUGCAGGGACGUCAGCUUUAUAGUUGGUCAGGCUGAGGAUAAAGGCAUUCCUCUGGGGGUGGACCGAGCCAUGGACAUGAUGCAGAAAGGAGAGUGCUGCGUACUUUACUUGAAACCAAAGUAUGGCUUUGGAAGCGAAGGUAAACCAGAGUACAAAGUUGGACCAGACAAAGACAUUGUAUAUGAAGUUACCCUCAAAGACUUUAAAAAGGCUAAAGAAUCCUGGGAAAUGGACUUGAAUGAAAAGCUUGAUCUGGCUGUCACAGUGAAGGCUAAAGGGAAUAGUUAUUUUAAGGCAGGGCGGUACUCCCAGGCAGUCAUCCAGUACCAGCGCAUCAUUUGCUGGCUAGAGAUGGAGUGUGGUGUUGGGAUGGAGCAGCAGCAGAUGAUACAAGAACAUGUCACGACGGCCCACCUCAACUUGGCGUUGUGUUACUUGCGUUUAAAAGAAUACUCUCAAGCCGUGGACAGCUGCAAUAAGGUAAUUGAGGUUGAUGAGAGAAAUGAGAAGGGUUUGUAUCGCCGCGGGGAAGCCCGGUUUCUUCGCAACGAGUUCAACCUGGCCAUGGCAGACUUUCUGCAAGUACUGCAAGUCAACCCCGUGAAUCGAGCAGCCCGUGCUCAGAUUUCCAUUUGCCAGCGCAAGAUUAAGGAACAUCAUGAACUGGACAAAAAGACCUACGCCAACAUGUUCCAGAAAUUUGCAGAACGGGACGCCAAGACUGGGAGGACGAAGAGGAGGCGAGAUGAGAGCACGAGGAGCAGCAUGAAUGGUGAAGUGGGCAUUAAGCGACGGCGGAGGAGUAAGGACUGUCUUUCGUAACAGUGACAUUUAAAGAGGGACAAGAGAACGCCUCCUGUUUGCUUUCCAAGUCCAGGGAGCAGAGGCAGGAAUGAAGUUGAAUAAUUGCCUCUAAUCCAAACUUCUUUAUCCCAAAAUCCACCGUGACCAUUCCUGCAUACAAAGCAGAGUGUAAGCAGGGACGUUUGCAAGCCAAACAGCAUUUCCUCUGUCACAUGGGCUGCUGAACUGCCAGGAUGUACCUCCCUGGCAAGUUAGUCGAAUCAGUGUGAGUUACAUUUGAUGAACACUUCUAGCUCCUACCUUUUUGUAGUUUCAUUUCUCCAGAAACGCAGAGGAAUCUGGUUUUAUUUGUCCUAAGACUACUGUAUAGAGCUGAGAUGUGCCUCCAUGACGUGUUUCUGAUUACAAACCUGGACCUGGCUUUUAGACUUCUCACUUGCUUGUGGUAUUACACAUUUUCGGGGCAGCUGCAUGCAUCACACUUUAGGAUUCAGACUUGAAACUCUGCUUUUAAUGUGCAAUAUGUACUUCGGAUAAAAAGUUGCAACAAAUCCCGGUAGAUCAGCGGUGUUUUAAACGAAACACAAUCGAUUCUACUUUUCGGUCUUGCCCACAUACAUGCGUGGGCAGUUCCAGUACACAGGCCUGCCUUCUUGUAGAGUUAAUUGUAAAAUACAACGAAUCUAGGACUCCGUAUUCCCUAGACAUGAAUGUUUAACGUUGUCAUAAAUGACAGACACAAACCAUCAUGAGACACCAAAAGCAGAGAGUAGAAUCUUAAAAGCACAAAGCAUGAAUACUAAAAUCUAAAAUGUAGCACCAUCAACAGCUGAGAUAAGAUUAAUUCAAAUUCUGCUUCCUCUAAAGCCGAAUUGCUACCUCUCCAUCAGGGCGCAAACUGUGGAGAGGUUAUUUCCAGGAAUACAAAUUCAAAUUCAGCUCUUUGCCGUGUUCAAGGAUGACACAUUGUUUUCCUAGGAUGGGAUGGAUAACGGCCACGCACUAAACUAAUGGAUUCUUGAACACAUGCAUGCUGAUACCUCGUAUGUUAUCCAUUAAACACAUUGAAGCAGUACACACAGGUUAAUCUUAUAAGAAGCCAGUCGGGUAGUUGGUUAAGCAAAAUGACAGAAGAAUCCUGUGGACUGGUCAGGUGUUAAGCCGAUGGCAGCUGCAAAAACUAAACAAACAAACAAACAAACAAAAAAAAAAUAUAUAUAUAUAUAUAUAACUAUACAUAUUAAAUGUUUCUGCUCCUGAGCUUUAAUGGAAUAGUCUUUUUUUUUGCUUCUUCUCUUCAUUCUUUUUUGGUCUAUCAGCUAGUUGUAGAAAGAGCAUGGCACAAUCUUCAUAAAAUGCACAUAAAAAAAUCGCUCAGUGGGUUGAUACUGUACGUGCAGCAUUAUUCCUCUUGGUGAAAAGUCCUCGUAAUUACGAUUGAAACCUUCCAUAUUCACCCUUCUAACAUCACUUUAUUUGAAGCGGGACAUGGGGCGCAAAAAACUGCAAUUAAGCUUUAACCCAAUCAGAACCGCACAUUUCUUUUAGCAAAGUACAACUAGCAUUUUCCGCUCAACACAACUCUGAAUCUGCGCAAGUUUUUACUAUUUGUCCGAAAUCCUGAAAAAGGUGUCUCUUUAUUUCAUACUCAAUCUUUUUGUAUUUCCUUUCUUCUUCUUUUUUUUUCUUUUUAAGUGUGUGAAUGUUAUUGUGGUGGACAAUUAUGCACUUUGGUAACUGUCAAACCAACACUGUUAUCUUUUCAUAAAAGGUCCGGAUAAGAUCUGGACUAUAAUCGCAAGAUGUUUUAUAAACAUUGGAUUCGUUCAGAAUGAAAACCUUCGCUGUCUUAAAUAUUUUGUGUAAAACUAAAAGUGUGUGUGUUAGUAUAUAUAUAUAUAUAUGUGUGUGUGUACAUACAUAUAUAUAUAUAUAUACAUAGUUGUAUGUUAACAAUGUUUUUAAACAGCUUAUUGCUCGAUGUUUUCAAGUAUUGCUGACUCUGAACCUUCAAACCUUUUGUACAGUGGAAAUGAGCAUGAAGGAUGUUUUUGUAGCCCUUAUGAAUUGUAUUUAAGAACAUUCAGACUAUCUUACCCCAGUUACAAUUUACAGGCCUCUUAGUGCUGCAUUCAUCAUUUUGAUAACUUGGAGAGAGAAUAAAAACUCCAGGUGAACUGAGAAACAAGCAAGAGACAAAUGAAGCUGCUGUUAAACAGCAGUGACGUUGUUUUUUUGUUUUUGUUUUUGUUACGAAAUAAACAUGUUUACAUGCAUUCAAAGGAUUAUUGCCCUGUUAAAGAAAAAUUGUGAUCAGUGUAUUAAUCUGGCAUUUAUGCAAAAGAAAUAUUUUCUGAGAAAAAAUAUGGUACCUUUGUUCAUGUCUUCUUUAUAUCUAUAUUUUUAAUUUUUUUGCACCUUAAAAGCAUUAAAUAAACCUAAGAGUUGCAUUUAA